ACUAUAUAUUUAGCCAUUGCACCUGAACAGAACACUGACUUAAGUUUAGCUACGAUUAAGGUAACUGAAUAACCGAAAUAUAUGUUUCAGAUGAUGUAUUAAUGGUAACUGACUUAAAACUACAAGAUCUAACUCAACCGUAAAGCAAAUGGCUUAGUGUGAAGUUGAGAUUGUGUCUUUUGAAACUAUCGAGGGAGCCGUUUGGAAAAUAUGGAAAUUCAUUUGUGAUUGUUACGCACCGAAAUAUGUGUUAUAUUGUGCGUGUUGUGUCUUAUGCGUUACUUUGGUUACUGAUCGCUUUAGCACACUGAGACCAGUGACGUAUUGUGACGUGGUGUCGUCACUGUCUUGCAAUUCUUUUGAAAGUUUUGGUCUGAGCCUUGGGUGAGAAGGCUGAAUGAGCUUUCAGCAGCAAACUGAGUGUUUGAAUUAUUGUAUUACCAGAUGUUAGAUAAGCUUCGAUUAAAUUGUACGUUGUUAUUAAAUUAGGACUUGAGUUCAGUUAAUCAGAUUACCACGUAUGAGCGUGUGAGCGAAUAUCACGUUGGAAACACAAUCUUUACGGACGCGACACUGUAAAUUUCGGGAAGGUACUUGCAGGAUGCCCUCUCUUGUAAGGUUGAGCCUAAACUCUUGUAACCGUGGCUGGCAUUUCAUAGGAGAGCCUCAUCAAAGCCUUGCCUGGCCUAUAACAGGCGAGUGUCAUCAGGCCAUAAAUUAAACUAUUGACGCUAGUUUCAGGGCUUGACUAGUCGAAACACCUUCCAUAUCGGAGCACUAAGAGAUUAGACGUUCUGCAGUUUCAGCGGUCGGAUUACAGAGUCAACAGUUAGGAGUCCUACGUCUGAGUUGAGUCUAUGUAGGUAGUUUCGUGUCUGACAGUGCUCGAUCAGUGUAAUAAGGCUUUGUUAACUACGAACCAGGAGUCACUCUAAAUCGGUCAUUCAUUGAGCCAAUCUUAGCGAAAGUGAUUUUUGAGGCUCAGUGACUCCACGUUGAGUCAAGGGCCGGUCGGGUUGAGGCUUGGCCUGCACCAUCUCAUACAUGAAUCUGCUCUGUCUCAUACAUGGGGAUCUGCCCUGUCUCACACAUGAAUCUGCUCUGUCUCAUACAUGGGGAUCUGCUCUGUCUCAUACAUGGGAAUCUGCUUUGUCUCAUACAUGGGAAUCUGCUCUGUCUCAUAAAUGGGGAUCUGCUCUGUCUCAUAAAUGGGGAUCUGCUCUGUCUCAUAAAUGGGGAUCUGCUCUGUCUCAUAAAUGGGGAUCUGCUCUGUCUCAUAAAUGGGGAUCUGCUCCGUCUCAUACAUGGGAAUCUGCUCUGUCUCAUAAAUUGGGAUCUGCUCUGUCUCAUAUAUUAUGUGAAUCUGCUCUGUCUCAUAAAUGGGAAUCUGCUCUGUCUCAUAAAUGGGGAUCUGCUCUGUCUCAUAAAUGGGGAUCUGCUCCAUCUCAUACAUGGGAAUCUGCUCUGUCUCAUAAAUGGGGAUCUGCUCCGUCUCAUAAAUGGGGAUCUGCUCUGUCUCAUACAUGGGAAUCUGCUCUGUCUCAUAAAUGGGGAUCUGCUCCGUCUCAUAAAUGGGGAUCUGCUCUGUCUCAUAAAUGGGGAUUCUCUUUCUCAUAUAUGGGGAUCUGCUCUGUCUCAUACAUGGGAAUCUGCUCCGUCUCAUAUAUGGGGAUCUGCUCUGUCUCAUAAAUGGGGAUCUGCUCUGUCUCAUAAAUGGGGAUCUGCUCAGUCUCAUACAUGGGAAUCUGCUCUGUCUCAUAAAUGGGGAUCUGCUCUGUCUCAUAUAUGGGGAUCUGCUCUGUCUCAUACAUGGGAAUCUGCUCUGUCUCAUAAAUGGGGAUCUGCUCCGUCUCAUAAAUGGGGAUCUGCUCUGUCUCAUAAAUGGGGAUCUGCUCUGUCUCAUAAAUGGGGAUCUGCUCCGUCUCAUACAUGGGAAUCUGCUCUGUCUCAUAAAUGGGGAUCUGCUCUGUCUCAUAAAUGGGGAUCUGCUCUAUCUCAUAAAUGGGGAUCUGCUCCGUCUCAUACAUGGGAAUCUGCUCUGUCUCAUAAAUUGGGAUCUGCUCUGUCUCAUAUAUUAUGUGAAUCUGCUCUGUCUCAUAAAUGGGAAUCUGCUCUGUCUCUUGGGGAUCUGCUCUGUCUCAUAUAUGGGGAUCUGCUCUGUCUCAUAUAUGGGGAUCUGCUCCGUCUCAUACAUGGGAAUCUGCUCUGUCUCAUAUAUGGGGAUCUGCUCUGUCUCAUAAAUGGGGAUCUGCUCUGUCUCAUACAUGGGAAUCUGCUGUCUCAUAAAUGGGGAUCUGCUCUGUCUCAUAUAUGGGGAUCUGCUCUGUCUCAUACAUGGGAAUCUGCUCUGUCUCAUACAUGGGGAUCUGCUCUGUCUCAUACAUGGGGAUCUGCUCUCUCAUUUUGCGUCACCUCAAAGAGACAAGGACCCAUUUAAAGGGUACCCAUCAAAUGCAUGGGUUGUUUGGGAGAUAGCAGUACAUCUCUACCUUGUAUUACAACCACCAUUUGGACUCUACGUGUGCCGGCCAUCAAGCCAUUUUAGGAAUUUAUUUAAAUAACGAACAUUCAUGUCAUUCACAUUAUUUCUAAUAGGUUGUUUCAAAUUUUCAUAACAUCUAGACCUACAACGGUCGAUUUAACAUGUACAAUUUUCCACCAUUUUAAAUGACAUUUAUAAACUGGGCAGUCCCAUCAUAGAGCAUUAGGUUAUUAUUGAGAUAAAGCUCUCCCAAAACCUGUUUGAUAUACUCUGGAAAAAUAUGCACAACUAUUUUGGCAUUUCGCCUUUCCUUGUUUUUUUUUGGCCAAAGAGGCUUCAUUGACAAACCAUAGAUAGGUAUUACACGUUUAUCAUACAAUCUUAAUGAUACAAAUGAAGCAACACGAUAAGUUUCGGUAUUACAGAAGUCUGGGGCAGCAAGAAGCAAUGCUUUUAUUCAUCUGAUCUACCAGUUAUUUCGUUCACCUUAGUAAAUAUGAACUGUACCAAUUUUUUUAAAAAAGGGGGACGUGACACAUUAAAGUGAUGGCGAUAAAAAAAUAACUUAAUGAAACAAGAUUCAUAUAAUGUGCCGGUGCGUUUCUACCUAUGGCCUCCUUCUGGAUUACUAAACAAAUCCCAUUUAGACCAAUAUACCCGACACCCGACCAAUAAUUAUUUUCUUAAUUAUCGUAUGUAGUUGUUCUGUGGUCAUUGAACUGACACGUGAAACAUGUACAAAAUCUUUAUACGAAGGCUAGCCGAUGUACCCGGUAUUGUCGAGAUAGCGUACGGGACAAAGGAACUUGUACAGCCUUAUAAUCAACAUUAGAUUUAAGCGCCAUGUACAAAAAUCACCGCCCUAGAAAGAAAAAAAAAAAUCUCGCUUCUACUAAAACACAUUUAUAAUAACUUUUGUAAACCUUCCGUUUCCCCAUAGGAUCCCGAUCCUAAAGAGAACCCAAUAGGAUCCGUUUCCUGAUGGGAUCCUGUUUUCCAAUUUAUCCCGGUGUGUGGAGGGAUCCUGAUACCAUUUGGAUCCCGAUCCCAUUUGGAUCCCGAUCGCGGUUGGGUCACGACGACGGUAUCCAGAUCCCGAUGGCAUCCCGAACCUUGUGGGUUCUCAAUCCCGGUUAGAUCCCCAUACCGAUGGAUUCCUGAUCCCGUCAAUUUUGCUAUUCCGGUAGGUUUACUGAUCCCGUUGGUAUCCUGAUCCCUGUGGAUUCCUCAUCCCGUCGGUAAACCCGAUCCCGGUGAGAUCGCGAUCCCGGUGUAUCCUUAUCCUCUUUGGGAUCAUGUUCCCGGUAGGAUUUACUUCCCGGUAGGAUUAUGAAAGAUAAGUUUUAAAAAAAAAUCUCUAGGAAUGUAAAGAAAUGAGCUAAACUCAACUAGCAUUUCAAAAAGCUUUUAGAACCCAUUAUAUUAAGUCCCCGUAGAAUAAUAUAGAACUUUCUGGAUUCAAAUUAAUAUUCUCGCCGAAACCCGUUGCUAAAAAUGACUUAAUUUUUUUUUCAAAUACGAAAAAUUAUUCAACUAAAUGCAUUACUAUAACAAUAGUACAUGUAAUCUCAAAGGGGACCCCAGCGGUGAUGGACAUAGCCUAAUUGUACCGAAUUAGCUUUUCUUGAGAUUGGAAAAAGGGGGGGGGGGGCUAUAAAAAUCAGUCAUAUAACUUAUAGAGUUAAAACUUAAAAUUUGUUCCAUUAAAAUCUAUUUAAAAUGACAUAGUUAUAACCUUUUAAAGUUAUCGAAAUUUCUGGAAAAUACUAGAUUGGAUGUUAUUAGUUUAAAUCUACCGAUAUUUCUAUAAGGACAAUAAAGAGUACUGCUACCAAGGCAGGUUGAUAGCUAUCGACAUUCUCUGUACUGUGAUUAUAACAGGGUAUUGCUACCAAGUCACCUUGAUAGCUAUCGACAUUCUCUGUACGGUGAUUAUAACAGGGUAUUGCUACCAAGUCAGGCUGAUAGCCAUCGACAUUCUCUGUACGGUGAUUAUAACAGGGUAUUGCUACCAAGUCAGGCUGAUAGCCAUCGACAUUCUCUGUACGGUGAUUAUAACGAUUGCAAGACAGUUUAAUAAAAUCGAAUAAAUUUGAAACUUCAUGCACACAUACGACAUAUUUUGGUACUUGCCUUUUGUCUUUAACUGAGGUUUAAGUUUGUUUAAAAAAUAUUUUAAGGUCAAGAGAUUUGUAAAGAAAUAUAGAAUGUUUCAUUUCAAGGGGUACAUUAUUUCAAAUAAAUUUGUAAAUGUGCAAUCACUUCUGUAGAAUACAUCACAAAACUUGCAAUCACUUCUGUACAAUACAUCACAAAACGUGCGAUAAUUUCUGUACAAUGCAUCAGAAAACACUCUAUCACUUUUGUACAAUACAUCACACAACAUGCAAUCACUUCUGAACAAUAAUCUAUCAUAGAAAAUGCAAUCACUUCUGUACAAUAGUACAUCACAAAACAUGCUAUCACUUCUGUACAAUGCAAUACACAACAUGCAAUAACUUCUUUUGCACCGCAGAUUUAUUUCACCUACUAUUUCAGAAAAACAACAACAAAAUGCUACGCACCAAACAACUUGCAAUCUUUCAUUUAUUUUACAGAAUCUCAUUUAGCGUAAUUAUCGGGAAUUUGUCAACACAAGGUUUUGCAGACACGAAGUACAUUCCUUAAAAUUACAAACGUAUUUGUAUUAUUCUUUUUUUCCAGAUAUUUUCGUGCAUGUUUGGGGAAUCCCUUUAGCAACAACACUUGGCUGACAUUGACAACAGUGAACGCUGAGUUUCUGGUACAUAUUAGAAAAUGUAUGGCUACGGCGAUAGUGGUUUUGAUCUAGAUGCUUACAGGAUUGCUUAUAAGGCAUUGUACAUCAUCUUCAUCAUCCUCAUACUGCUGGCCAACGGUUUGCUCAUAUUCAAGAAUGUCCGUAAAUGUGAGUUCAUGUACAAGCCAAAAACUCUGACGAUUUUAUCAUUGGCCGUUGGAGAUGUUUUCUUGGCUCUGUUUCCCAUGGUUGUUCAAACUAAGUUUUACUUUGGAGAUUACGCUAUGACUGGACUUUCUUGCAGUACUUCAUUGGCGUCUCUUGUCUACACACCAUAUCUUGUCACAUUUGUCUACGGUACUGGACUAAUGGUGCUCGGCUUUGAAAUAAUUCAAUCACAGAAAAGCUCACCCACAAAUAAAAACACGCAAAUCAUCUACUCUCUCGGGUACAGCAGUUUUCCUUGGAUACUUGGACUUAUCAUUGUCUUACCCCUUGGGAUGGCGAACUAUAAUGUUGACAUGUGUCAGGGCACUCAGACCCUAGGUCAAGCCAGAGCGUUGGUUGUCAUUGGAAUUAUUUUACCAGCAUGUGGUGCAGUUUUCACUUCAAUCUUUGUCAAGAAUAGAAAAUCUCAAGCAGUGAACAGCCCUGCACAAGCUGUAGUAGUUUUCAACAGCCACGCGACUGCUCCCCCAAUCCAGACAACGAACCCAGCUGAAGUGAUCCCAGUGAGCCCAAAUCAUCCACAGUCCUCAAUGUUCGCUUCACCAACAUCGUUUCCGACACAGGGACAACCACCACAGUUCUACAACCAACCCCCUACACAGGGACAACAAACACAGUUCUACAACCAACCCCAUUCACAGGGACAACCACCACUGUUCUACUACCAACCCCCUACACAUGGACAACCACCGCAGCUCUACAACCAACCGUACACAGAAGGACAAUAUCCGAGCAAUCUUCAACAAUCGCCCCCAUACCACAACCAACCCCCUACACAACCUUACUACAAACCAGUACAGACGCAGUACCCAAAUCCAACUUACUAUCAUUGUAAUGUUAGUGGUGCCCCAAGUCAAACAGGUAUUGGGAUCACAGCCGUCACAGCUCCGUCCGGUCCUACACCAAAAGUUAACAGACUAUUGUCCAUUUCAAUAAUCUAUUUUGUGCUAGUUAUUCCGAUUGCCAUUUAUAAUCUCAGCUACACACUCAAUUUAGAUCGUGUUGCUCUACCAGCAGUUCCAUUUGCAGUGCUUGAUGGGCUAGUGUUGUGGCUUAGCAUUGCUAGGUCUUUCAUUACACCUCUCAUGAUGUACCGUUAUUCCGAUGACUAAACAAUAUGAGUUAGUAUCGUCUUAAAAUUUUCAAAGCUAUUAAAAUUUGAUGUCCUCGGCUAUGUUCCUUAGUUUUGCUAAACGGAAAUUUUGAUAUGAAUUUUGCUUGCCAUAAUGUUUGUCUUACAUGACAUUUGGCUGACAUGAUGUUUGUCUUACAUGACAUUUGGCUGACAUUUGACUGACAUAAUAAUAGUCUUACAUGACUUUUGUUUGACCUAAAGUUUGUGUUACAUGACGUUUGGAUGACAUGAUAUUUGGCUGAUUGACAUUUGAAUUCUUUUGUAUUUUUAUGUAGAUAUGAACACUAUUUUAGAUCUCGAGGGACUUAAAUGCAGUAAUUAUUAUAUUUGUAAACUUUUGAUGUUAUCCCUUGUUGGAAUAAUAAUAAUAAUAAUAAAGUUCAUUUCAAAAACACGCUUCAUCCCCAAAGGCUCGAAGCGCGGUACAAAGUCAACAAAAAACAAAUCUAUAAUUGACCACAUUUAAAACAAACGCAACACUACAAAAACUAAUUACAAGCAUACAAUGUCAAAGUCUUUCAACCCAUUUCAACCGUGAGCAACACAGCCAUUAUGCAUUAACUGGAAAAUAAAGUAGACAAUCAUCCCAGAAGGUAUUUGCGAAAUAGAUGUGUCUUUAGAUCGGUUUUAAAGGACUCCAGUGUCUGGUUGUUUCUGAGAUCGACUUGAAGGGCGUUCCAAAUUGUUGGACCAGCAAAUGCGAAAGUGCGCUUUCCGUAAGUCUCAAGGCAAACACGUGGUGUAGAGAGUUUGCCACUAUCGGAUGAGCGGAGCUCUCUAGUCGGUACAUAAGGCGUCAGCAGUGUUUUUGCAUGGUCAAAUUUGCGUUUGCGGAGAACUAUGAGAGCCGCAUUAUUCUGUGCUAUUUGAAUUUUAUCCAGGAGCGUAGCUGGAAGACCCACCAUGAGAGCAUUGCAAUAGUCCAUGCGUGAUAGCACAAAUGCAGACAUCAGCCUCUUUGUUGUAUCAAUUGUUAGGAAGGGCCUGAUGUGACUAAUGCAAUGAUAAAUACCUUUUUUAAAAAAUGUUUGAACAUAAUUUCCCAUAUGAUUAUUGACCUCAAUUUGCAAUGAAUGAUUGACCUCAAUUUGUUAUAUAAUUACUGACCUCAAUAUGUCAUGUAAUAGUUGACCUAAAUUUGACAUGUAAUGAUUGACAUCAAUUUGCUAUGUAUUGAUUGACCUCAAUUUUCAAAUGAUAUGAUUGACCUCGAUUUGCCAUGUAAUGAUUGACCUCAAUUUGUAAUGAAUGAUUGACCUCCCAAUUUUAGAGUAACCCACAGACGAAAGAUGACAGUGAGCUCCCAAAAGUAUGUCUAAAUCGUUAAUAAACCUUUACAGCUGUAGUAAGUAUGAUUGGUCCUAAAUGAUGACCUGGCGCCUACAAAUGUCAAAUUAUUUUUUUGAAAUGUUGUCAAGUCUUAAAGAAAGUCAUAUAUAACCAAAUAUACCCAUAUAUAAUCAUAGAUAACCAUAAAUAAACACACAAAACCAUAUAUAACCCUAUAAAUGAAAUAAAAAAAUUAAGUAACCAUUUAAAAUUUCAUAUAAAAUAAUAUGUUUACAUUUUUACAGUGCUGUUUUUAUUUAUUUUUUAAUUAUUUUUAUUAAUUCUUUUUUUUUUAAAAUUAUAUAUUUGUUGUUAAAAAUAAGGACAUACUAAUACUGCAGA